AACAUCACGCAAACACAAUCACAACGAAUCAUCCAACCAAUCGCCACCAGCUGAUUAAUCAUAAUUCCCUCAGGGUUGAUUUCAAGUUCAUACUCGCUCACAGAAUCGAGUAAACGAGGUUUGAUACGUGUGAGGUGUUUUUUAUGGAGAUAAUAAAGAAAUGCGUGAUUGUGGAAUCACUGUGGUGAGAUUUCUUGGUGCUCUCAAGUGAUAAAUCAGCAGUAUUUUGAGUAUUUAAAAAAAAUGUCACAAUGGUUAUCACCGAGGAGACAUUUGAUGUUCGCCGUUUUUGUGACAAUAAGUGUCGUCGUCGGCGGGAAUAUCGAUGCACUAAAUGUUUGUGGACCUGAUACGUCUGACGAAACAUCAUCCAGUUUGGUAUUUGUGAGUACUCUUGAUGGAAAUCUGUUAGCCCUGGACCUGAAUAAAAAUGGAGAAAAGAAGUGGAGUGUUGAUUUCGAGGACAAACCGAUGCUGUCGUCUAGUAUUCACAAGCGAGAAUUGAACAAUGACGGCCACUGGGUGAGACUUAUUCCAUCCCUGAGUGGUGGUCUCUACAAAUUUGAUGGUGAAAAUCUGGAGUCCCUCCAGGUGACACCCCAACAACUUCUCCGUUCCUCAUUCCGUUACUCCGACGAUUUAGUCCUCUCUGGUUCAGGUGAGACAAGAACCUGGGGGAUCUCAAGCACCACAGGAAAAAUUCUGUACCACUGCAACGAGGGAAGCUGCACUAAUAUGACAGGGAACGAGUCAUACCUGGGGCACCACGUGCUAAUAGUCCGAAGAUUUCAAGACACAAUUCGUGCAGCUGAGCCUCGAACAGGCCAGGAGAGAUGGAACUACUCAGUUGGACAACACGAUCUCGAAUUAAUUCCCAAUGACAACCAGAAAUGCAACAGUAAACUCCUGCAACAUAUUGAGAAUAUCGAACUACGAGUGAAUAUCCCUGAGGGUUUGAUCUGGGCGAUCAACAAAACAAAUCCUGGGAUUAAGCUCUGGCAGCAGAAAGUAGAAUCCCCAAUAGUGUCUGUCUGGCGAGAGCACGGGGAGCAGAAUGAAAUAGAGAAGGAAGGCAACAUCAGUAAAUUAACAGCCUUGAAUUUAUUCGAGAGUACCAAGUCGACCUGGGGAAAUGAAUAUGCAGUGAGCCCCGAUAUCUACGUGGGAAUGCACGAUCGUCAGCUAUACAUCCAGGAAAAUGUCAAGCACAUUAAACUCAUAGCGAGAACCACGGAAGCCUCUCGAAUAUAUCCCUGGCGUCCAUAUCCAGCCUCUGACACAGCUCUGGUGUUGCAUCAGGAGGAGAAUUCUCUCUCAACAGCCCUCUCCGUCCUCUACAACUCUGACUACAUCAAUGGAAAUGGUUUUUACCUGCACAGCAAAGAGAUUUUACAGCAGGAGGACUCCAGCCAAUGUAAUAAAACUCAGGUGCCCCUGUUGGAGGCAAGUCCCUCAGAGUCUAGAGAUGAUCUUGACUCUGAGGAAACCCCAGUACAAGUGAUCAUCGUCUCCCUCUGGUACUGGUGGAAGGAGGUUCUGAUAAUAUCUUUUAGCACAGCAAUUCUCCUGAAUUUUAUGCUGACACAACGCCUGCUCAAUGCCACCACCCCUGUCAAGGACGCAGUGGCUCCUCCUCUGAUAGUGGAGAGGCCACUGAUACCCAAGGAGAACAUCCCCAAACCCCUUCCUAGUCUGGAAUCCUCUGGGGAAUUUGUCUCGAGGUACUUGACAGACUUUGAUCCUGUAGACUGUCUAGGAAAGGGUGGAUAUGGUGUAGUCUUCGAAGCUAGAAAGAAGAUAGAUCACGUGAAUUACGCUGUAAAGAGGAUUACUCUUCCAAAUAAUGAGGACGCGAGAGAGAGAGUGAUGAGGGAGGUUCGAGCCCUAGCCAAUCUGGACCACCAGAAUAUAGUGAGGUACUUCCAUGCUUGGCUGGAGUGCCCACCAGCUGGAUGGAAGGAGGAGCACGACGAGAUGUACAUCAACAGGCAGAAUUUUUCACCCUCAGAGUUCCCCUCAGAGAUAUCAAUGACCCCCAGCAAACCCAACGCUUCAGUCUGCAUUGAUCUCCCAAACAGUGAGAAAUCAUCAGUCGACUCAGCCUUCGAGGCUCUUGAGCUCAACAAAAACAACGAUGACUCAUCAUUCAUAAUUUUCGAUGAGAGGAGUGAUGAAUCCGCGGUAACAGAAGAACUUUACGACUCUGCGGGGAUAACAGAGACUUCCGAAUCAAUUAAUCACCGUGAAGAUGAGAAUUUUGAAAGUCGUGAGGACUCUGAGUCCAUCGUCUUUCAGAACACCUGCAGCUCCCAUGAAAUCGAUAACAGAGAGAUGAAUAAGAGAAAAGCCUCUCUAUCCCUCAAUCUGGCUCAGAAGUCCUCGAAAAAGAUCCCCAGGAUGUUUCUCUACAUUCAGAUGCAACUUUGCCACAGGGAGAGCCUGAGGGAGUGGAUGAAACGUCAGACUCACAGCAGAAAUCCGGACAACGUAGAGAAUAUAUUCCAGCAGAUUGUGGAUGGAGUUGAGUAUGUGCACCUCCAUGGGCUCAUCCACAGGGACUUGAAACCCUCGAAUAUAUUUUUCUCGUACGAUAAGAAGGUGAAGAUUGGAGACUUUGGCCUGGCAACUGCCAUGACAGAAGAGUGGCAAGAGCCCAGAACUCCCAACGGAGGUGAGGGUGAAGGCCUGGGAAAUGGUCUUCACACUGCCCACGUGGGGACACACCUCUACAUGGCACCGGAGCAAAUGAAUGGCCAGGUCUACAAUUACAAAGUGGACAUCUACUCCCUGGGGAUCAUUUUGUUUGAGUUGUUGACUCCCUUUGGCACUGAUAUGGAGAGAAUGAUGGCCAUUCUAGACCUGAGAAAGGCCAUUUUCCCUGGGGGAUUCGGUGAUAAACAUCCCAGGGCCAUUGAUCUCCUGAGGAUGAUGCUGGCUGAAAAUCCUGGAAAGAGACCUACGACGUUGGGAAUCAAAGCUAGACCUCCCUUGGCUAAAAACGAAUGGAGGGUAGAGGGUGUGGGGGACGAGAGCAAGUGGCAUUUUGAUCUACCCCAGAUCAGCAGGCAUUCCUCAGUUAAUACCAGUAGCAGUGGAGAGUCCUGGGAUAUAAGUACGUCCUAGUGAUAAUUUCCAUAAUUUACAUUCUACUGAUAAAUGUUAAGUUUUAACGGUUGAGUUAAUCAGACUCGGUUGUACGAAUUAUUCAUUAAAAAAUUACUGUUAUAAAUGUAGAUUAGAGUAUGAAGUGAAUUCUCCAGUGAUGAGUACUAUUAUUUACGAAUGAACAUUCUCUCUGCAUUUUGUGAGAGUGUACUCGACUUUUUAUGUAAAUAGAAUCAAAUAAGAUAACUUAAUUUUUUUAUAAUGAAGAUCAUAAUUGUGAACCUUAUCUUAAUAAUGGAACACCACUUUGUAUUCUCAAAGUAUUUAUUCAUUAAAGCAGUCAUGAAGAUUUAAUGACUUGUACGAUGAAAAAGUGUCUUGAAUUCAUUAAAAUUCUGAGGUCGUUCGAUCGAACAUGGAUUAAUCAAUAAUGAACUUUUGUCAAUUAUCUUAAUUA